AUGGACGAGGAGGUUCUAGGCGCAUGUUUCAACCGUGCACAACUCUGUGAAGGCCUCGAAGUCAGCACUCCAAGACGAGAGAGGGAAGCAUAUGGUCGUGUCGCUGGUGCUGUCAUUGAAGCACAAGGUGCCGUCACUGCUGCCAUCUCCCACUCCCGCCAAGGGGAGUCGGUGUCAGCCUACUCCACGAUCGUGUGUGUGAGCUCGACAGGCACGAGUCUGACACGGUUCACAAGCGCACCGGAUGUGUUCUCGGUGAGCCAGAACUGGGACUGGAAGUUGAGCUCUCUCAGGACAGAGGAGUACACCAAGGUUGGGGGAUGCCAUUUAGCCCUUCCUUGGCAUGGCCUGGAAAUCAGGGACCACAAAGACACUGAAUUCAGACCCCUGCUAGAGAUACUCUCGAGUUCCUGUGGACCACAAUUGGAGACUCUCGAAUUGCUGCUUCAAAGCUACAAGGGACCAUGCUUAUCCUGCACCAUCCUUCCUACCAACUACCCACUUCUUCGGUCACUCAGCCUACGUCGCGUGGCCAUUACUUGGACUGGCCCCGUCCCGGCGGGCUUGACGAACCUUUCUUUGGAUCUGACGCAGACUAAUCCGAGCGACGCCUGUAUGCCAUCAGAAGGACAACUACUAGACGUCAUUGAAGCGUCUCCUGGUCUCGAGACGUUGACCAUACAAAUCAGCGAGGGCCAGCUGCGUCCUAUAGCUGUCCGAAGAAGCCCUAUCCUACUCUCGCACCUGAAAUCCUUCGCCUUGUCCACACGGCAGGAGACCUGGAUUUCGUUGCUGUCACACCUGACUUUAUCGGAAACAACGUACUUGCAGCGUACACCGUCUGGUCCUGUGGCCUUCAUUGACACCAUUCAUCCCGUGUCUACCUUGUUUCCUACUCACUACCAGUCAGUCUUGCGCCAAGCGACUCGUGCAAAGACCUUGCGCCUGUGGGCAACGAGUUCAUGCUUCUUGUUCAAACAUUAUCAAGGUGUCUCGGGCCUCGCCGAAGCUUAUGUAAGGGAAGCGAUCGAGAGAGGGACAAAUGACGCGCAAAUAACGCGUCCCAUUCCCGGCCCACGCCGUCGCGCAUAUAUCCACGUACAUCCUCACCGCCUUUCCGGCGAAUAUCCGCGCUUCGGGUUCUCUCUGGGCGCAUACAGCUACUCACCACGGGUAUACCGAGAGUCAGCACUGCGAAAAACCGAUGGGAAAACAUCAUCUGAUGCCGACCUGUAUCUCUACGACCCCUCUGAGAUUGCUGCAAAAUCCCCUUUCGCGUCUGCCGACGAGGAACAACGCGAGCAACACUCUCCUUUCCUGCUCAAUAGUUCUCAAACGUUAGGGGAUACGAGCUCCCCAUACAGUCUCACUCCGAGAACUCCUAUUGAGAACCUGUUCAGCUCAUCUCCUGCUGGGUACUGGAUGGCCGGUAGCUCAUCUGUGUCACCUAUAUUUCGACACUCGUCUUCCGGUCAUGGCUCUGAACACGGGGUCAGCACGCCUAGCUCGGAAGGGAAGAUUCAAUCCCUCGCUGACUAUCAAAGGUCGCAAGAAAUGCGCCUCAAAUCAUCGCAACGGUCUUUGGAUGCUUCCUCGCCAUCUUCUCUGUCAAGCCUAUCCUCAGUUCCAUCAUCUCCGUCGGUGUAUGGAUCUCCGAGUUACUCUGCCUUCGCUGUUUCCCGCUCCCAGCGGCCGCACCUACCUCAGUUCUCGCGCUCGCGCUUGUCCAGCAACGCUGCCUCCCCUGGGAGCCGCUAUCCGACCCGCUCAAAACUACGCACAAGUACUGUCGCACCUCCUGUGGACGACGGAAGAGAAGAAUCUGACCAUGAAGACGUGCCCAGACCCAAAAAGCGGCGCCGUACUGCCGAUAUUGGAGCCGACGACUCGAGCACUGAAGAAGAGCUCGUCUUGGUGCCAGAUACUCAGCCACCGAGCCAGCAUCCUAGUCGCACGUUUCCGUUGCGAGUCCCCGUCAAUCCUGAAUUCCCCCUGUUUUACGAGCGUUUUCAUGUCAGCUCGUUCUGUGUGGAGGACAGUGACAAGUAUCUGACCUGUAAAGGACUCUCGGACGCAACUUUCAAUCCUCCUCGUGAGCCGUUCGACCUCUACACACCGCGGUUCGUGAAAGGGAAGGGUGCUACCAAGGUCGGUAUCUCGGCUAUGACCGGACGGCCAUUCUCGCCUCCCCUGGCUUUCCGUACAAUCUCUCGCACCAAUGUUGGCAAGCACGAGAAAGCCGUGCUCAUGCAAGGGAAGUGCCACAAGUUAGAGAGAUCUAUUGGUGGAAACAUGCGGCCUCUUGCCACCAAGGUUCCACUGUAG